AUGAAGGAGCAUCAGAGCAGCGCUAAUAAGGUUGUUAGGCGAAAGGAUCGCACUGAAUGGAUUAUGGACCUUCAUGCCAAAUUCAUGGAUGUUGUGCAACAACUUGGUGAAGGACGAUGUUUUCCAACCGAGAUUCUUCGAGUGAUGAAUGUGCCUGGUCUUACCAGGGGGCAAGUUGAAAGCCAUCUUCAGGUCAGGGAUCCUCAAGUGGUUCUAAAUAAAGAAGUAGCCUUGCAAAUUUUGGGACAAGAAGAGAGUUCAACUCAGCAGCAGGUCUAUCGCCCACAACAUCAAGUUAAUUCCCAAUAUAUCAGCAUUGACAACCCAUUCAAUAACCCAUUUUUAUUGGCCAAAAAUAAUAAUGCUGAUUGGCUACAACAACAACAUGGACCAUUAUUUGAAAUGCUAGGAUCACAAGGAUUACGAAGCCCAAUUAGUGGGAGCACUUAUUAUAGACCUGAGUUGGAAUUUAAUGGUGGGUAUCAUCAUGCUCAAAAUUACUAUGAUUUAAAUGUCAAUGCGGCCAAUGAAGCAACAUAUUCAGGUAGCGCAAUGAUGUCCGGUACAAAUAUUGAAAAUACGACAAUUAAUGAAUUGGGAGCAGCAAAUGCAAAUUUCCAUGAAUAUCUUGGUGAACCAAACAUAUCUGAACCCAGCAAUAUUAUCGCGACAUCACAUGCGAGUGAUAAUGAAGGAAGUGAUUCAAAUGACAGAGAAAAUUAUGAUGUGUAUCUGGAUUUUAAUAAUAUGGAUUAUCUCUUCUAG